GACGGUCUGUUUACGUUGACUCUGUGAAGUCGCUGCUGCUGUGACCUGCUGCAGUUUAGUCAACGCUGUGUUGUAGCUGCAUGAGGAAAUUAAAAAAAAAAAGAAAAGAAAACCUGCGUCGGGAGAUAAUAUGACGCCGUUUUGACCGUCCAGACGUUUCAGCCGUCGCGGAGGCGGCGCUCAGUGCGGCCGGGCUCAGGUCGUCAUGGAUUCGCGGUAGUUGAGGGUCUUUUUCCUCAGACAGCGUGACUGACAGCGGGAGCUGGGACAAGGGACUUUGGUGCUACUAACGUUAGCUAGCGAGGCAACUUAGCUAGACGUUUUGAAUCAGCGUUACGGCGGCGACAGAUUCCCUCAGCAGUUUGAGGUCCUUAACGGAUUCUCAAGGCGUCAUGGCUCCGAAGGACAUCAUGACUAAUUCCCACGCCAAGUCCAUCCUCAACGCCAUGAACUCACUUCGCAAGAGCAACACGCUCUGCGACAUCACUCUGAGGGUGGAGAACACAGAUUUCCCUGCUCACCGGAUUGUGUUGGCCGCUUGCAGCGACUACUUCUGUGCCAUGUUCACCAGUGAGCUUGCAGAAAAGGGGAAAUCUUUCGUGGACAUUCAGGGGCUCAAUGCAUCUACGAUGGAGAUCUUGCUGGACUUCGUGUACACAGAGACGGUUCUGGUCACGGUGGAGAACGUGCAGGAGUUGCUCCCUGCGGCCUGCUUGCUGCAGCUCAAAGGAGUAAAAAGAGCGUGUUGUGAUUUUCUGGAGAGUCAGCUCGACCCCUCCAACUGUCUGGGCAUUCGAGACUUCGCAGAAACUCACAACUGCCUGGACCUGAUGCAGGCCGCUGAGCUCUUUUCCCAGAAGCACUUCUCCGAGGUCGUCCAGCAUGAGGAGUUCAUGCUGCUGAGCCAGACAGAAGUGGAAAAACUUAUAAAAUGUGAUGAAAUCCAGGUGGACUCCGAGGAGCCGGUUUUUGAAGCCGUGUUAAACUGGGUCAAACACAAUCGGAAGGAGCGAGAGCCCUACCUGCCCGACAUGCUGGAGUUUGUGCGAAUGCCGCUCCUGACGCCCCGCUACAUCACGGACGUCAUCGACGCAGAGCCUCUCAUCCGGUGCAGCCUGCCAUGCCGAGACCUCGUUGACGAGGCCAAGAAAUUCCACCUGAGACCGGAGCUGCGGAGUGAGAUGCAGGGCCCGCGCACGCAGGCCAGACUAGGUGCCAAAGAAGUCCUGCUAGUUAUCGGUGGGUUUGGAAGCCAGCAGUCGCCCAUAGACAUCGUCGAGAAAUACGAUCCCAAAACUCAAGAGUGGAGCUUCCUGCCUAAUAUCGCUCGGAAGCGGCGCUACGUGGCCACGGUGUCGCUCCACGACCGGGUGUACGUGAUCGGAGGUUACGACGGGCGGUCCAGGCUCAGCUCGGUUGAAUGUCUGGACUACACAGCGGAUGAAGAUGGCGUCUGGUACACCGUCGCCACCAUGAAUGUACGCCGCGGCCUCGCGGGAGCCACGACACUCGGAGACAUGAUCUAUGUGGCCGGGGGCUUCGAUGGCAGCCGGCGGCACACCAGCAUGGAGCGCUACGAUCCGAACAUCGACCAGUGGAGCAUGCUGGGAGAUAUGCAGACCGCUCGAGAAGGAGCAGGUCUGGUGGUGGCCAGUGGGCUCAUAUACUGUUUAGGCGGAUACGACGGACUGAAUAUCCUGAAUUCAGUGGAGCGCUACGACCCGCACACAGGCCACUGGACCAGCGUCACGCCCAUGGCCACCAAGCGCUCUGGUGCCGGCGUGGCUUUGCUGAACGACCACAUCUACGUGGUGGGAGGCUUCGACGGCGUGUCACACCUGGACUCAGUGGAGGUCUACAACAUCCGGACAGACUACUGGACCACCGUGGCCAGUAUGACCACCCCUCGGUGUUACGUGGGAGCGACCGUUCUCCGAGGAAGACUCUACGCCAUCGCAGGAUACGACGGGAACUCGCUCCUCAGCAGCAUCGAAUGUUACGACCCGGUCAUCGACUCCUGGGAGGUGGUCACCUCCAUGGCGACGCAGCGGUGCGACGCCGGCGUCUGCGUGCUCCGGGAGAAGUGACGGCCGGAGGAGAGCCGAGCGGCCGGACAGGCAGCUAGACUUUGCUAAAACUCCGCUGAAGCGGAGCCACAAAGGGAGAUGAUUGUUCGCCAGUAUGCAAAGAGGCACUCUUUUAAAGAAAAAAAAAACAAAAGAAAAAAGAAACCCAUAUAAUUCUCUGUGAAGCCCAGCAGUAUGGGACGGCCUCUUGAAACGACGGUUCACCCCUCGCCACUCAGAGAUGUGCUACAGAGAUUCAGCUUCACCUCAGAAGACGCCUCCGAGGAGCCCAUCACCACUUGCAUGACUCUUGUCGGUGGUUUACUCGUGUCUGUCGUUACCCGUGAGAUUAUUUUUUCAGUUUGUCCUCAAAGUGCAAUAUAUUUCUACUCAUCACACACGAACGAGUGGAGCAGACCCAGACUCCAGCUGCUGCUAUCUGCCUUAUACCUUUGGCCUCCGUAGGACAGUGGUCAUCCGUGUUGCCUCCCAUUAGACUGACGAUAACUGAGUGAGCUCAUUCGGCGUAUCUGAGAUCAUCGACGGUAUCUCAGCCCCCCCCCCCUUUUUUUGUAAACGCUUCCUGUAAAACUCUGCUUUUGGAUGGGAAUCACUUUAAUACAGAAGAUUUAAUACGUAUGGUUCCUCUCAGAAAAUAUAUUUCCAGACGAAUGUUGUUUCAGGAAAUGACUGAAUCGUGCCAGUUGAUUAUUCUAUUGUCCCUUGAUUUGGCAACAAAAAAAUUGAGAAGACAAAAGUAAUAACUAUGAGGUGCAUGUGAUGUAAUGUUUGUUUUUCCUUAGCAUAUAGAUCUGGACGUGUAUGUGUAAGCUAUACGGUCCGAACAUCACUGUUGCCUGGGAAGUAAAUAAACACACUGAGAACUCGU